AUGGCUCACGUUGUACUUGCAGGAGGCUCAGGCAGAGUCAACUAUGUGACAGUCGACUACGAGAACAAGACUCAACUCGUUGAAGCGCUGCGCGGUGUCGACGUCGUGCUGUCUUUUCUGGCAGAUUCGAACUUCGAUCUUGUCCAGCGGAUGCAAGAGCUUCUCAUUGACGCUUGUGUCGAGGCUGGAGUAAAGAGAUUCGCGCCUUCAGAAUGGGGGACCCGAAGCAAUAGCGCCUCUCCACACUACGCUUUCAAGGAUAGAGUUCGUGAGUACCUCGAAGAGGUCAACAGAAAAGAAACGAUUCUUGAGUAUUGUCUGUUUCAGCCAGGAUUUUUCACCAAUUUCUUCGCGUGGCCGCACAAGACAACUCCACACUUCACCCUCAUUCCCAUGUAUGUGGAUUUUCACAAUCGGAGGGCCCUUGUACCUGGUGAUGGUAAUUUUACCAUCACCCUCACCACGAUCGAAGAUAUGGCAGCAGUAGUUGCCGAAGCACUGGAUUAUCCGGGGAAGUGGCCAACCGUUGGUGGCAUCCAAGGGUCACAGAUCACCAUCAAAGAACUAGUAGAGCUUGGAAAUAAGCUUCGAGGAUCGAUGAAAGUAGAGUCGGUGGCCCAAGAGGUUUAUGAGGAUGGCAAACUCCAAACCUCGUGGGUUCCCAGGAUCGAUCAUCCUGCUAUUCCCGUUGAGCUACGGGAAAGGAUGUCAGAAGAGAUCGUCGCAGGGUAUUUCAAGGCCAUUGAGGCCGGGUCGUGGGCUGUCUCAGAUGAGUGGAAUAAGUUACUUCCACAUUACCGCUUCUCUAACGCUGAGGAGUACCUUGCGAAUGUUUGGCGAGGAAAGCCUUAG